UCAGACAGAGGAAGGUGACCUCCGAAAGCUGGGUUGGUUUAGGUUGGAAAUUUCGACCCUGGAUUUUAGGUGACAGUACCCCAGCCAAGUGCAUGGAUCCGAGAAUAUCUUGGUAUCCUCCGGAACAACUCGGAUCGGCACAUGAUCUUUGGACAAGGAUUUGGGAGGCGCAGCUAGGUGUGGAUGCUCUCAACAUCAAUUCGCCAAAUAUGGAGUCCACCAAACACGGUGAUAAUUACUUACCACUGGAUAUAUCUAGUGCAUCGACUUUCGACCAAAAACAAUCAUAUACUAACCGGAACAAUUGCACCAUGAACCAAAUGAAUCAUUACAAAAGGAAAAGAGAAAAUCGUGCAAGUACAUAUGGCCUCAAUCACUCGUCGUACAAACAUUUGCUUGGUGAAAACGGAGGUCUUACCCCGUGGAAACGAAAAGACAGUAAACUGAGUGUAGGAGUUUGUGGGCUCCAUGAAGAAAUCAAGGAUUUUUACCUGUACAUGUCGCCCCAACCCGAGGAGGCCGUGAUGAGGCAGGAUGUGGUCCAGAGGAUCCAAGAGGUGGUGGUCAAGCUCUGGCCAGAGGCUAAGGUUGAAAUUUUUGGCAGCUUCGAGACAGGACUAUACUUGCCUACCAGUGACAUAGAUCUGGUUGUUUUUGGAAAGUGGAAAAACUUACCUCUGUGGACAUUAAAAAAGGCUCUGCUUGACCGCAAAAUUACAGACUCUGACAACAUCAAAGUUCUCGACAAAGCUUCCGUCCCAAUUGUCAAAUUGACUGACACAAAGACAGAUAUUAAGGUUGACAUCAGUUUUAAUAUGUACAAUGGCGUCAAGAGUGCAAACCUUAUCAAGGAAUACAUCCGGGAGUUUCCAAAUCUUCCGUACUUGGUGCUAGUGCUGAAACAGUUCCUCUUACAACGAGAUCUUAACGAGGUGUUCACAGGUGGCAUCAGCUCUUACUGCCUCAUCCUGUUGGUGGUCAGCUUCCUACAGCUUCACCCACGAAUAGACGCGCACAGCCCUGAGGCUAACCUGGGGGUGCUGCUGGUAGAGUUCUUUGAACUGUAUGGCCGGAAUUUUAACUACUGGAAAACUGGGAUCAGGAUAAAGGAUGGUGGCUCGUAUGUGCCCAAGGAUGACAUUCAGAAGGAAAUGGAGAAUGGGUACCGCCCCUCAAUACUGUGUAUAGAAGAUCCACUGGUCUCAGGUAAUGACAUUGGACGGAGUUCAUAUGGGGCUAUGCAGGUGAAGCAAGCUUUUGAGUAUGCCUACUUGGUGCUGAGUCAUGCCGUCGCCCCCCAGAACGCUCAUCUCCUACGAGGUAACCAAAGCAUACUGGGUAGAAUCGUGCGAGUGACAGAUGAAGUGGUGGAAUACCGGCGGUGGAUUGCGGAGAACUUCCGUCUGACCGACCGAGCCAGCCCCAGCAACCUGUCCCCUGAGGGUCGUACUUAUGCAAGCGUCACCAACACUGUACCCCAGUCCACAACAGCCAAAGAUGAAAGUAGGUCAGACCAGAAAGCUGAGAGCGAGAACUCUGACUGUUCCAGUGGUAACAGCUCUGUCUACUGCAAGUCCUCCAGUUCUACAUCACCCGAUUCUACCAGCUCAUCCUCCAGUUUAGCCAGUGAAUCGGAUACAGAUUCCAACCCUGACAUUUCUCAGAGGAAGGGCUCAGCAAAUCGAGGUGGCAGCCAAGGUGUCCAUCAUGCUCGCGAAUUCUCACGGGGGAGGGAUCUGAACAAAGCACAGGCAGCUGGGAAAUCUCGUGAUGCAAGUUCUAGCAGUGUGGCCUCUAACCGCUCAGUAAACGCUCACACGCGAUCUCCCAUGAACAAUAAUAGCCAUCCACAUCAUCAUCAUCAUCAUCCUCCUCACAGUCAACAUCAGCAGCACAAUCCUCACAAUGGCCACCCCCAUCAUCCUCAUCAUGGCCAGAUGAAUGGUUCCCAUCCCCCCGGUCAGACCCCACCCCGACCUCUCAGCCACCAGUCUAGUCUCCCCAAUCCACCUCACCCCCACAGCCGUCAGCCGGUCGCCCAUAACCACAACAACAACAGCAAUAACGCGCCUACCCCCGUGGCACAUCAGCCCACCGCAUACUACCACGAGCCCCGGGGUAACCCGGGCACCAACAACAAGUUUCAAGGGGGGCCAAAUGGGCACAGUAAGACAUACCAUGGACAGCACCACAGUGGCAGCAAUACGAACAGUGGUGGUGGACACCACAGUAAGGUGUUCAGUCGCUCCAGCUCAAAACGACGGAGGAACAGCACACCACGCAACAACCGUGAUUCUCAGAACAGCCACAUGUUUGCUGCUUCGAGGUAACGACACAGUGAUGUGGGCAGAGUGACCCACCAAGUGACACUCGUGUCAGGCCUGUAUGUACUGCUCACUGGGGGCCCAGGAGGCUGUGACACUCACCUGUCCCCACCCCUGCCCCCUCAGUGUGCUGACUGCUCUGUUUAACCCAGAGGCUGCAGGCUGUGUUUGGGCCUGAACUUCACCCCCAUCUUCACCUGGUCUACCAUGGCUGUAUAUAUUUGUAAUGACAAGUGUGAUAGGCGUGAAUGAGAACUGGCGUAUGUGAAUGAAAAGACAUCCCGUGCCUCAGAGCUUUUAUUACUGUUUGGGGGAUGGAGGAAGACAGUGCAUAUUCCCAGCAUAAAUAAUUCACCAUACGAAAAGACAUCUAGCAAAAUAAAGGGCAUAAAGUGAUUAAUUGUGCAUAUCAUAACAGUAUUGAGAUUAUUUAGCAUAAAGCAGGACCUGGUCGUGUAAUCAAGUGGUAACAUAUUU